UCGUGAGCUUCCCGAGGACGUUCUUCGGCUCCGGAGCCAUGGAGCUGCCGCUGCCGCCUGACGACCAGGAGCUGCGGAAUGUCAUCGACAAGCUGGCCCAGUUCGUGGCCCGCAAUGGGCCAGAGUUCGAGAAGAUGACGAUGGAGAAGCAGAAAGACAACCCUAAAUUCUCCUUUCUCUUUGGGGGCGAGUUCUAUAACUACUACAAGUGCAAGUUGGCCCUGGAGCAGCAGCAGCUGAUAUGUAAACAGCAGACCCCAGAGCUAGAACCUGCUGCCCAGAUACAGCCCUUGCCACAGCCUUUGCCGCAGCCCUCCCUACCACCAGCUUCAACCAUCAAUCCCUCUCAGGGAGCCCCUUCUAUGGAAGAACUCAUUCAGCAGAGCCAGUGGAACCUACAGCAGCAGGAGCAGCAUCUUCUAGCCAUGAGACAGGAGCAAGUUACAUCUGCAAUAGCUCAUGCAGUGGAACAGCAGAUGCAGAAACUCCUGGAGGAAACCCAACUGGACAUGACUGAGUUUGAUAACCUGCUACAACCAAUAAUUGAUACGUGCACCAAAGAUGCAAUCUCUGCGGGAAAGAACUGGAUGUUCAGUAAUGCCAAGACUCCCCCACACUGUGAGUUAAUGGCUGGCCACCUCCGAAAUCGAAUAACUGCUGAGGGAGCACAUUUUGAGCUGCGAUUGCAUUUGAUUUACCUAAUCAAUGACGUUCUACAUCACUGCCAGCGGAAGCAAGCGAGGGAUUUACUGGCCGCCUUGCAAAAAGUGGUGGUUCCCAUUUACUGUACCAGCUUUUUAGCUGUAGAAGAGGAUAAACAGCAGAAAAUAGCCCGGCUUCUCCAGUUGUGGGAAAAGAAUGGUUAUUUUGAUGAGUCAAUUAUCCAGCAGUUGCAGAGCCCAGCUCUUGGGCUUGGACAGUACCAGGCAACACUGAUCAUUGAAUAUGCAGCUGUGGUACAGCCAGUUCAGAUGGCUUUCCAACAACAGAUACAGACCCUGAAGACACAGCAUGAGGAAUUUGUCAACAGCUUAGCACAGCAGCAACAGCAGCAGCAGCAGCAGCAACAGCAGCAGCAGCAACAGCAGCAACAGCAGCAGCAGCCACCACCACCACAGCAGAUACAGAUCCCACCUAUGGAGAGUGAAGUGAAAUCAACACCUCCUCCACCUGCCCCACCUCCAGCACCUACACCUGCACCCUCUGCCCCUCCAACCACACAGCCAGAUGACAACAAACCUCCCAUCCCAAUGCCAGGUUCUUCUGAAUAUGAUGCUUCAGGAGGAGGUGUACAAGACCCUGCUGCUGCCCCUGGUCCUCGAGGACCUGGACCCCAUGAGCCAAUCCCUCCAAAUAAACCGCCUUGGUUUGACCAGCCUCAUCCGGUGGCUCCUUGGGGCCAACAACAGCCUCCUGACCAGCCUCCUUACCCUCAUCACCAGGGACCCCCUCACUGUCCUCCGUGGAACAACAACCAUGAAGGAAUGUGGAAUGAACAGAGAGAUCCAGGGUGGAACAAUCAGCGAGACCCUCCUUGGAAUAACCAACCAGACCCUAACUGGAAUAAUCAGUUUGAUGCCCCUUGGAAUAACCAGCAUGAGCAGCCUCCCUGGGGUGGUGGUCAGAGAGAACCACCCUUUCGGAUGCAGCGACCACCCCACUUCCGGGGACCAUUUCCUCCCCAUCAGCAACAUCCACAAUUCAACCAGCCUCCUCACCCCCACAACUUCAACCGCUUCCCACCACGAUUCAUGCAGGAAGAUUUUCCCCCUCGACAUCCAUUCGAGAGACCCCCAUACCCUCAUCGUUUUGACUACCCUCAAGGAGAUUUUCCAGCUGAGAUGGGACCUCCUCAUCACCAUCCUGGUCACAGGUUGCCUCAUCCUGGGAUCAAUGAACAUCCCCCGUGGGGUGGACCACAGCACCCAGACUUUGGGCCUCCCCCUCAUGGCUUCAAUGGCCAGCCUCCUCACAUGCGAAGGCAAGGGCCUCCUCAUAUGAAUCAUGAUGACCCCAGCUUGGUCCCCAACGUCCCAUACUUUGAUCUACCUGCUGGACUGAUGGCUCCUCUCGUGAAGCUAGAAGAUCAUGAGUAUAAGCCUUUGGAUCCAAAAGACAUACGUCUUCCACCCCCCAUGCCUCCCAGCGAGAGGCUCUUGGCCGCAGUGGAGGCAUUUUAUAGCCCUCCGUCCCAUGAUAGACCUAGAAACAGUGAAGGCUGGGAACAGAAUGGACUAUAUGAGUUCUUCAGAGCAAAAAUGAGAGCCAGAAGGAGAAAAGGGCAGGAAAAGAGAAACAGUGGACCUUCCCGAUCCCGGAGCAGGUCUAAAAGCAGAGGUCGUUCUUCUUCACGUUCCAAUUCAAGAUCUUCCAAAUCAUCUGGUUCAUACUCACGGUCACGGUCUCGCUCCUGUUCGAGAUCCUAUUCACGAUCUCGGUCCAGGAGCAGAAGCCGGUCCCGUUCUUCACGCAGCAGAUCACGGUCAAGGUCCAGGUCCAGGUCGAAGUCUUACUCCCCAGGAAGGAGGCGUCGGUCCCGAUCUCGGAGUCCUACUCCCCCUUCCUCGGCUGGCUUGGGCUCUAAUUCAGCACCACCUAUACCUGAUUCAAGACUUGGAGAAGAAAAUAAAGGACACCAGAUGUUAGUGAAAAUGGGAUGGAGUGGAUCAGGUGGACUGGGAGUGAAGGAACAAGGAAUUCAGGACCCGAUUAAAGGGGGGGAUAUCAGAGAUAAAUGGGAUCAGUACAAGGGAGUGGGAGUUGCUUUGGAUGAUCCAUAUGAAAACUACCGCAGAAACAAAAGUUACUCGUUCAUUGCACGUAUGAAAGCCAGGGAUGAAUGUAAGUAA